UCACAAUCUAGGUCGUAAGACAGUGAAAGGGAGCGUAUCAUCGGUCUGGAAGGUCAUGACGAUAGACAAUAUGCUCCCUCUUGCCCUCAUGAUCAUGCUGAUGACCUCUAGACGAAUUUUCUAGCAACUCGCUCUUCAGCCCAUUCUCGCGAGGCCAUCUUUAGAUCUAUCUUCACCAUUUUUUCCCUCUACCGCAAAUCCAUUCAAUUUUCUGCGUUUCAUGAGCAACUCUAAUGUUCCGAACCUCUGCUGAGCAAGAAAAAGCCGUGCUGGCUAUUUGCGAUUAUCUACGGAUACACGAUGCGCGGGACUAGAACGAGACGAGCUUGGAGCUCAUGUCUGCUGAUUUUGGGCUUUGGGCGGUACGUUUGUUCUGCGCUCACGGGUGAGCGACCAGUAUCAGGCGGUUUGCUAUACACAGAACUUUUCAUCAUCCCGCUUGUGCGUUGGCGCCUCUUCAUCAUGGCCGGUGCAUCUUGUAGUUGUCUUGUAGUUGACUUUUGAUCGGCAUCUCACUUUGUUAUCAUCAUGCUCCAGGCUUAAAUAUGAUGGAAGCUCCAGUGCAACAGCAAUAUCACCCCUCCCCCCGAUUCAUAUUUCGUUAAGUGCUAGUACUAUGGGACAUUGGACACAAUACGACGAAGACGUUUACCGCCUCCCGCCAGGCUUGAAAAGGAUAGGCUACGAUGCAGAUACAGGAGAAUAUUUCUUCACUGGUGGAUGGAAGUCGCUUCCUUAUUGUGAAUAUGACGUUGUUCCCAUGAACGCGAACACCGAUGCAUCCACAUCAACUUCGGCACCGAAAGAAUUAACACCUGCACUGAAGGCCAUUCUUAACCCUGCACUUCCGCGUCGACCUUCUUUAGAGAUUCCAGUCAGUGACACUGACCCCAAGGAAAUCUCAGAAACAGUUACAGCUUUUACCAACUCACCAGGGGAUUCAGACCCAGAUCGCGGGAUUGCAACUUGCGACAAAACCACUGCAUCAUUGUCUACAUCAGACACCGAAGACGGCUCAGAUGUUAGCUUGAGAAGGAGUAAAACGUGGAAGGAAAAAGUUCAAGAUCUUCCAACGCGUUUGAAAAGCUCAGGCUCUCAACUGAAAAGGUCCCUCAGCUCUUCAUCCGUGAAUCGACGUGUGGGGAUCACUAUUGAGCAAGAUACUCCGCCCGCUAAACCACCUAAACACCGUCACUCUCCUGAGCCUACUCUUUCGCCUUCCCGAACCAUCUCCUUUUCAGACUUGGGACUGAUAAAAGCGAGAGACCUCUAGUUUGAUUGCGAU